AUGAGACCAUCCCCUUCGCGGAUUGCCCUUUAUGCCGUUCGACAAAUACCCACGUCAGUGAGCGGGCCGCGCCCGCUUCGUUCUUUUCACAUCACGGCACCUUGCCAACCGCGAAAACGGAGCUUCUUCACCUCGAACCCGUAUCUAGCGCUGAAUGGCACUGACGAUUUCAAGUCCACGAGGGAGAAUGAUAAGGCGCAGGCGUCCGUUGCCCAGCACCCUACGAAGCGGAAGGCUACCAGGGCCACCACGGCCAAGAACUCCCUGCGCAGAGUCGCCCUCAUAGCGCAGUCACCAAAACGUGGCCCGGAGGGGGCAGCGGACGGAGACGUCGAAGUCGACACCACGAACCUCGUGAGCGCGACAUGUGUGGCCGAAUCUUUUAAGAUGCCCAUGGUUCUGGACAUCUUGUCAUCCCAUGGCUUCGCCAUCAACCCCGACGGCACAGACUUUGACGCCAACGAGGUCGUCCAUGCGCGAGGUGUCAAUGGCGGCGACAUAUUCGUGUUUCCCUCUGGCACAAUCGUGACAUGGUCCUUACCCCCGGACGUGGUGACCCGACAGCUCAUGCGCGCCGCAGAAGAGCCGCACAAGGCACCCAUGCGUGAGCUUGAGGACCUCGAGUUUACAACGGACGUGAACCGCGAAACUAGCACCAUGAAGGGGGACAUUGUAGUCCUGGGCACGCGCAAGGAGAACAAGGAGGGCGACACGCUGGACACGACACUGGCAAAGGUGGCCUUCUCCUCGGGCCUGGCGCGGAGCACCAAGCUUGCGGUCCUGGAAAGCGCACUAACGUCGUAUUUUGAGUCUACCCGCAAGAUCCCACAUAUCCUGUCUCGCGGUGCGGGCUUCCCCUUUGGACGCAAGUUCAUCCUGCAAAAGACGGGCGAGCUACUGGGUUUGCGUGCCCGGCUGAACCACUACUCCGAGCUCACGGAUUCGCUCCCCGACAUCCUGUGGGACAGUCGCUCCGAGCUUGGCUUGGAGGGCUACUACGAGCAGGUUGGUCGGGCGUUGGACGUCAAUGUCCGCAUCCGUACUCUGAACCAGAAGAUGGACUAUGCGCAGGAGAUUGCGAGCGUACUGCGCGAAAUGUCCAGUGAGCAGCAUGGAACACGCCUAGAGAUUAUCAUCAUCCUGCUCAUCGCGGUCGAAGUGAUAUUCGAGCUUAGGCGGAUCUUUUUGGAAUGGGCGCAAGAGAGGGAAGCUGCGAAAGAGGCGGCGCUGGCAUUGCAAGGCACCUGA